AUGCCAGAAAGAAGCAAAGAAGGGCAGCCCAAAGGGAAGAAGAAGAAAACAUUCGUCCCAUUAUUAUUAUUAUCCAUCGUUGGUUUGGCCCUUUGGGCAUCUUCGAUCUAUCGAUUCUGGCUCCCCCUCCUGUUCAACCUGAUAGCUCUCACUGUCAUGCCCCGACAGGCGCAGGAAGUCAUCGUCACCGGCAGCUUCGACGGCUGGGCGAGGAGCAUCAGGCUCGAGAGGACGGACGCCGGCUUUGAAAAGGAAGUCCUCCUCCCUGAGACCGACGAGAGGAUCCUCUACAAGCUUCUUUUUUCCUCGUUUUGGUCCCCUCUCUGGUCCCUCCUGGUCCCUCUUCUCGGUGGCUGGCGCCGGACGGCCAUUUUCCCUCCCUUUAAUCACAACAUAAAACAUAAAAACCCCCACCAGCUCGAUCAUACGAACUUCUUCACAUCCCACCGUCCUUUUCACUCUUUUCUUCCUCUCACUGCUUCAUAUAAACAACAACAUUAUACUGACGUUCUGCUCUGCAAGUUCAUCGUUGACGGACACUGGCGUACUGACCCUGCUGCACUGCAAGAAGAGACAGACGAACACAACAACAUCAAUAGCGUUUUACUUCCAAGGCACAUCUCGCCAACUUCUUCCACAAACAUGGCAAACGGCAACAAUAACAAAAAGAAUAACAACAACAACAAUAACAAUAACAACAACAACAACCGGUCGGCUCCCACAACAACAACAAUAUCGGGAGUCACACCCCAGUCGACCACUGCAGCACUGGCUGGUACUGUCCCCAAGGAGCCUAAUGUUCACCAGGCUACCAUCUCCUCCGCGGCUCCAUGCUCCUCUACUGCCCAGCUAGCCGGACAAGUGCCCUUUGAGAAGCCACCGGGAACUUACCCAGAGAGUCCCAUCAAGGAUGAAGGCUACAGUGUUAACCCCCUACCGGCCACUGGCACCCUUGGAAACCCUGUCAAGCUUGCUCCGGGUGAGAAGGUGCCUGAUUCGGCCAAGAACGUCUCCUCCUCGGGCAUAGGCAGCAAUGUAACCCUCGAUAAGGAAAGCUACGAAAGGGGGGCUAGUGAUCCAGCUAUGGCGGCCAUGGCUGCUGCUGCUGCUGCAACAGGAGCAAGUGAUAAGAAUAAGAAGCAGGGUGACUGCGGUAAAGACAGCCAGCAGAAGGUCUCUGGUAAGGGUGACCAGCAGAGAUCCUCUGGCAGAGAUGAGCAGCAAAAAUACUCUGGCAGAGAUGAGCAGCAGAGAUCCUCUGGCAGAGACGACCAGCAGAGAUUCUCCGGUAGAGAUGAGCAACAGAAAUCCUCCGGCAGAGACGACCAGCAGAGAUCCUCUGGCAGAGAUGAACAACAGAAACUCUCCGGCAAAGAUGACCAGCAAAAAUACUCUGGCAGAGAUGACCAGCAGAGAUUCUCCGGUAGAGAUGAGCAACAGAAAUUCUCUGGCAAAGAUGAGCAGCAGAGAUUCUCCGGCAGAGAUGAGCAACAGAAAUUCUCUGGCAAAGAUGAGCAGCAAAAAUACUCUGUGAGCCCUAUGCCUGCUACCGGAACCAUUGGAAACCCCACCAUGGUCUCCUCGGGCGAGAAGCAGUCAUGUUCGGCCAAAAAUGGCACACCCAAGGGUCAAAGCAGCAAUGUCACUACCGACAAGCAGAGCUACGAUAGAGGAGCCAGUGAUCCAGCCAUGGCGGCUGCUGCCGCUGCAACUGGAGGAAACGGGAAGAAGAAACAGGGCGAGAACGGUAAUGGCCAGCAACAAUUCUCUGUUAGCCCCUUGCCUGCUACCGGAACCGUUGGAAACCCUGUCAAGGUUGCUCCGGGUGAGAAGCUGCCUGAACAAAGCACCAUCAGCUGCAACACCAUUGGCUCAAACGUCACUACCGACAAGAAGGGCUAUGACAAGGAUGCUAGUGACCCGGCCAUGGCUGUGAUGGCCGCCGCGGCAGCAGGAGGCAACAACAAGAAGACCGGAGGGAAUAACAAGAAGCAGACUACCACCAGCGAAGACCAGCAACAAUACUCCGUUAGCCCCUUACCUGCCACCGGAACCGUUGGAAACCCCGUCAAGACUUCUCCAGGUGAACAGCUAUCAAAGUCAGGCGACGUCACCUGCAACACCAUUGGCUCCAAAGUUACUACCGAUAAGGAAAGCUAUAACAAGGAGGCUAGUGACCCUGCCAUGGCUGCUAUGGCAGCUAAGCAGCACGACAAGAAGAACACUUUCUCGGCCCUCCCUGUUGAUGAGCCCAAGUCCAAGUCUGUCGGCCCUAACGAAAACCCUUCCAUCUCCUCUGCCGCUCCCCAGUCCACCACCGCCGGCCUAGCUGGUAGUGUGCCCCUGGAAAAGCCAGCUGGCUCUUCCAAGACUGCUCCUGCUGUCGGUGGCCAGCAGUAUGACCCUGAAGUCCCCGCCAAGCAGGUUCCUGAGCGUGUCAAGGAGUCUAUGAGCAAGGCUCACGUUGACCCAGAGGCCGCUUGCCUUCCUGAGAUGGUCCAGGAGAAGAAAGACCUCGAAAAGGAACUUCUUAAGGAAGUCUCGCCGGCCACGGGCGGCGGUCAGCCCGCUCCCACCACCUCAGCCGCCGCCACUUCCACUGCUCCAGCACCAACUUCUACCACCACAACCACCACCUCCACUGCUCCAGCUGCUCCAGCACCCGCUACUGCCACCACCUCUACCACCGAACCAACUUCGAAGCAAGAUUCUCUCCAGCCAGGAACCGGAGCUGACACCGGAGACGUCUCACCCAAAUCUCAUACACCAGAGGUCCCAGCCGGAGGUGCUGUCUGUGAAAGCUCUGGGAACGACGGACCCGUCACCAAAGGAACUACCGCCUCCCAAGUCCCCGAGGCGCCCAAGGAGACCCCGGAAGCCCCGGAAGUCACCACCGGCCCUGCUACAACUGAAGUCCCCGCUACCUCAGGCGCUCCAGAACAGAAGGCCCAAGAACAAAAGCCAAUUGAGCCUCGAACCACUGCCACCGUCACAGCAGGUGCAGACGCAGGCACUUCAGCCCAGGAAGAUGCCGAAGCUGCCGCUGAUGAUAUGGAGAGGAAGAAGAAGAACCGUAUCAGCGGCUUCUUGUAUAGGCUCAAGGAGAAGUUUGUCUAG